AUGCUCUUUCCAUCUCUUUUUUGUCUGUCUGCUGUCUGUCUAUCUAUCUAUCUACCUGAUUCUUAUCUAACUCAUUUUUUAUCUAUCUAUCUAUCUAUCUAUCUAUCUAUCUAUCUAUCUAUCUAUCUAUCUAAUUCUUAUCUAUCUAUCUAUCUAUCGCAUUUUGUUCAUUAUCUAUCUAUCUAUCUAUCUAUCUAUCUAUCUAUCUAUCUAUCUAUCUAUCUAUCUUCGCAUUUUAUGACUCAGUAUUUUUAUGUCUGCCUAUCUAUCUAUCUAUCUAUCUAUUUAUCUAUCUAUCUAUCCCAUCUGUUAAUCUCUAUCCCAAUCUCUUCCUAUUUCUGUCUUUUAUUAUCUAUGCCUCUGUUCCGCUGUCUUUGCCUCACUUUUUCUUUCUCUCUUUUUCAUCCGUUAUGGAAUUUAAUGGUUUACUUCUUCUCUUUCUUUCUUUAUAUUUACUCUCACUUUUCUCUCUAUGUGGUUCAGCCAGCUAAUAUCUAUCUAUCUAUCUAUCUAUCUAUCUAUCUAUCUAUCUAUCUCAAUCAACACAGUUAUAAAACGCUAAUCUAUCUAUCUAUCUAUCUAUCUAUCUAUCUAUCUAUCUAUCUAUCUGUCUGUCUGUCUUUCGCAAUUUGUUCAUACCGGGUGUAA